AUGGCAGCUUUAGAUGAAAUAUCAGACUUAAUUCCUAAAUGCCCUCAUGAUAGCCUUUUUGAUCUUCUUAUAAUAUCAGCAAAAUUCUCAAUCACUCAAUCAAAAGCUAUUCUUCUUGCAGGCUAUGCAUUAGAGCACAAUCCGAACGUAAAGGCAUUAAAGAAAUAUUUAAAAUACCUCGGCCUGCUUGAUUCUCUUCAGAUUAAAGGUCUCCCUCAAAUGCUAUCCGAAGAAGUUUUAGAUGAUUUUAUGAUAAAAUACUAUGAAAACUUAAAAUCUCUAUAUGACUCUGAGAUCCCAGUCAAUUGCAAGGAAAGAAUUGAAUCCUGUGUGUCGAAAUUUAUUUCACAUAAUAUCUCAGACAUCAUGACGGAAUUUUCUAACUCCCCGCCUUAAAUUGUAACAAAAUAUCUAUAAAUCUCCAAUUUUUGAAAAAUUAAUUUCUCUUUAAAUUGAAAUGAUUUUUGGUUAAAAUAGUAAUUUCUAUGCAAAUAGCUUAACCCUAUUUAUAUAGGCUAAAUCAAAAAAACCCAUACAUUUAGAGUUUUAAAUCGAUAAAUUUUAUAAAAUUUUAUAAUUUUAGAAUAAUUUACACUCUCUUAUAUUGGAACAGCUUAAUUGCUACAGUUUAAAGGGGACUAAGAGUCUGCUAGAGAAAAAGCAUUAUAAAGGCAGAAGAAUCAACCAUUUGAAAGGCUGAAUCAAAGGAAAAUUCAUUGAUUUCGAAACUGGAAAAUGCAUUCUGAAUGUGAUAGAAAGUAAUUAUUUAAAAAACAGAAAAGGAUCUAUGAAAUAUGAAAGUUUUCAUUUAUUGAAUAUUCAGCUGGCUACUACGGCACUGAAAUGCCAACCAACGUUACUUUCCGAAAGCAAUGAAAUAAUUUCAAAAAUUUUCGAAAAUGUGCUAGUCAUAGCUAAAAAAUAUAUUAUAAAAAAGCAUGGGACUGAACAAAUAUUUUUAGCAUCUUUGGAGUUUGUGUUCGCUUGCUUGAGCAGCCCAAUGAUAGGAGAGAUUGGACUUAAGAACAUCAAAUUGGCAAGCACUAUCAACGAUCCAUUUGGAAAAAUGCAACCCUUGGAAAAUUAUUUUUGGUAUUUUUUUAACUGUGCUCAUAGCACAUUAUCCAGGCCUUCACUGGCUGCAAAAAUAGCUUGCUUAGCGAAAGAAUACCUUUCUGCAUAUUUAAUACAGAAUAGCCAGUAUAUUUUUAAAUCUUUAGAAACAAUUCAAAAGAAUAUUAACGAAUCAUCUGAGUCUCUUGAAAUAGGAGAGUCAUUAACGAAUAUGAUGCAAGAAAUCUUAGAAAAGUACUUUAAAAAAAAUUAUGGUUGGUCUGAGAGUUCUUUAAUUUUAGGGUUUUUGCAAGAGCACAUAAUUCCUCAUCUAGACAUCAAGCAAAACCUUGACACUUUAGUAAAACUGUUAGCAUUAAUUCAAGAUAACGAGCUAUCAAAUACAAUAAUAAACCAAAUAUUUUCGAUUUCACAUCAAUUUCCACAUGAUCAUAUUAUUAAAGUUUUUGCCUCUUUAUCUUCAUGUCUUCAGGAAUCAAGUCAAGUCCUCAGCAUUAUUCAGUUUUUCUUAACGAUAUACCAGCACGAAAGCAUUGAGCUUAUUCUGACAGAAAUUAUUCAGGACCUUCAAGAAAUAGCUUUAAAAUUCCCUAAUUUAGUGUUCAACUCCACCUUAAACGUAGUCGUUGAUUUUUUGUUACUCUUUGAAAAGCAGGUAUGAAUCAAACCUCCUGGGGUCGAACCAUUCGAAACUCUAAAUCAAGGACUUUUAUUGCUGCAAGUACUGAAAGCUUGUGUGAUAAAUGAAAAAAUUAGCCAAGAAAACCUUGAAGUUGGCAAGCUAAGGGAAUUUUGGUGUCUUAUAUAUCAUAUCCAGCUGAAUUAUAGUCCUAAAAAAACAUCCCUAUCAAAAAUUGAGACAAAUGAAGCGUUAAAAAGCAUUGGAUUAACAUUAACAUUUCUUACUUAUUGAGCAGCCUAAAGCACUAUCCACCAAUAACGGGCUCUUCAUCUGCUGCCAGUUUCGUGUACCACCUUAUAAAGAAAAGUUCUACUUGGCCUGGGAAUGCACUCGCCACCAAAUAGUUGCACCACCGUGUCUAUGCCAAAAAGGUUGCUCGCCAUGGAAAAUUCAAAAUGGGUUAAUUUUCUGGUCGACUCUGGUCAAAAUAUAAAUGCAAAGCCUAGGGUGUAACCUCUGACUUUGCUCUGGAAAUAGUCCGAAUUGGUUAGGAAACUAAUCACUGGCACGCUGGAAUACCUUUCCAACUCUUGGCUUAAUUUCCCUCUGAGGCAAAACCUUGAUUUGGACUAAAGCAUGGAGCUAUCUAAUCCAGUAUUGUGCUUCCUAAAAGCAAAUAAAGCCUGGAUGAUGCAUGUUCCCUAACGCCAUUCUCCCUUCCUCAAGAUCCUUACGCAUCCUGUGGAGUUAAGAGGGUAGGUUGAUUCGCCAUGCCAUUUAAUAUAUAUUGAAAACCAUUGCAAUGGUUACACCAAUAAUUAUUGAAGGAAGCCACAAAGAAGCAGUCGUUCCAGCUAGCUUGAUAUAUCUAUUUGACUCUAGAAGCAAUACUGCUAAAGAAAGCUAUGAAAACCUCACUCCCCCCCCUUUAAAUUGAAACAAAAUAUAGGUAAAAUUCCUACUUUUUUGGGAAAUUACCCCCCUUUAAAUUGAAACAAAAUUUUAUUAUAAUAGAAAAUUUUAUAGGUAAAAAUCAUUAUUUUAUAUGUAAAUACGUUAAUACCCUAUUAAUAUGCUUCAAACAUAUAAGAUUUAGAAAUUAAACUCUAUUUUGUCCAAUUGUUAUGGGGAGAGUUAGAAGAAUACCAUUUCAGCAAGUUUACACUUUGAGAUUGAGAAAUUUAUGAAUGAAAUUAAAUUAAAAAUCAAACACAGAAUGAACCAUAAAAUUUUAUCUCUGAAAACAUUUUUAUAUAUAAAUUUUUUUAUAAAAAAUUUUCUUAACCCCCCUUUUAAAUUGAAACAAAAUUUUUUGUUUCAAUUUAAGGGGGGGGAGUCAGAGACCAAGUCAUAGAUGUUAUUGGUAACAAAAAACAAUUUUUAUCUAAAAUUCUCAAUAAGCUGGACUAUGGCAAUUUAUUGAUAGUUUUUGUGAUUUAUAAGUUAGUUGAUAUCAGGGCAACUGAAGAAAGCAUUUACGAAAUCUGCUUUGAGUACCUCAACAAAGAAGAAAUUUUGGGAGAAGCCACAAAUGAUCUGCUGAUUGUUAUGCUGAGGCUUACAAUAGAAGCCUGUUUUGAAAACUCAAUCAAGCAAAAAGGAUCAAUUGAUAAAGAAAGAUGGGUUGCAAAAGAAGUGAUUUCGCUUUUGAAAAAUUCGACAUCUCCAAAUAAUCUUAUAAGAGAAUUGUCCCAGCAGCUUCUUUUUAAUAUUGUUCCUAUGAGUGUAAAUCGGCUUGAAAUUUCCUCUUGCUAUGCUCAUUUAUUUCCAUAUAUAGUAGAGUUUGAUAAAGUACUAGAAACUGCUUUAGAUUUAUUAGGAUGUACCCACAAUGAAAUUUUAAAAGCGUUUACAUCGGUUUCUCCAAGCAUAACGCUACCUCACUCUUCUACUAUUCUUAUACUGCCAACUUCCCAGACAGCUCGCCAGCAAAUUUUUGAGUAUUUAUGCUCCUUUAUAGGAGAUUCUUUAGGAAAAUCAUUUUUGAUGGGCUCUCAAGGUGUAAUUUCUGCCUUCGCUAACUAUAACCACACAUCUGGAAUGAUGAUUAAAAAUAGCACGAAAUUAUCAGAAAAUCAAUAUCUCUCUUCAAUCUUCGGUUUUUCGAUUCUUUUUGUUAACCACCACUACUACUCCUACAAGCUGUUUCCAAAAUGCCCUCUCCCUUUCCUCUCAUUAUAUGAGGAUCCUUUGAUGUUCCACAACUGGUACAAAGACCACUGUAUGGAAAUCAAUAAGCCAAUUGAGUUCAUAAAAUCUUCAAAAGCAGGAACUCCUCGAUCUCACGACUUGGUAAUUGAUGAUUCUCAGCUAAUCCAAAUGCAAGUUAAUUUCCUAUCGCUUGCAGAUUCAUUAAUAGCUACUGACCCUGAUGCAAUUAAAAAAGCUUAUGAGAGAGUUAUAUUAUUUAAAGAAAAUGGGGCACCAAAAGAGGAAAAUGGAGACACAGCGCUGCUUUCAUUGACUGAUUUAUUAGGCCAGCUUGCAGCAAUCAUUGUGAUUAAAGGCAAAAAUAAAGGCUCAGAAAGCUAUUUGCAUGCUUUUAUUUUAAGAUUUAAGAUUUAAGAUUUAAGAUUACGAUAACACUCUGUCGACCCCCACUUAGCCUAGGAUCUGACAAACAAGCCCGUCCUUCCUGAAUUCCAUCACUGGCUAACAGCUCUGAACAACGGUAGGUGGAAUUGGCCUAACCGUCAAACCGUUACAGUAGCCUAUGACCUAGACAAGUCUUUCUUUCUUUCUUGAUGUUGAUUCAAGCUCAGUAGAACUGCCGAAGCAGUUCCAGCGCUUAUAUCCUUCAGAAAGUCUGAACUUCCCUCACUAGGAUGACCUAAGGGAACAAGGACCCUAAUUCAUGCGCUCCAUUUUUAAUUGUGUGAUGCUUUUAUUAAUAAGCAUUUGGAAGAAAUGAGUGUCAUCUCCUCAACUGGAUGUGUUUAUUGCUCUGAGUGGCUAUCUUAUGCAAUGCCGAACCUAAAGCCAAUGCUUUUUGAAGAAAUUGCCAAUUUUUGGAAGAAAACAUUGUCGAAAGGAGGAAUUGUCUCUUCCUCAUCAUCUUUAAUCCCCCAUGUAAAGAGUCCGUUUUUCUCCUCAAUUUUUGCAAACCAGCUCGAUGUGAAACUAGGGAACUUAAAUGAAACAAGUGAUCCGCACUCAUUCAGCUAUGAACAAUUGUUAGAAGUCCAAAAAUGCUGGAUCGAUUAUGUGUCAAGGAAUUAUUUCCCUGUGCUUUUUCGAUAUCAAGACCUAGCUGUAUAUCUAGUAAGGAUAAUAUAUGAUACGAUUUCAGUCCCAGUCAACACAGAAGCUCUAAAAAGUGCAAUUGGGACAAAACUUAUCCUCGAUCUUUUUGACUUGGCCAUCAAAAUCAGCAAUAACUUGCCAAGCACAGUAUCAUUUACCAAUAAAUUAGCUCUGCAGCAUAAAGCCUUGAAUUUUUUGAUUUCAGCGUUUGCAGCCCCGAUGGUUUGGCUCAGUGUUUCAGAUUCAGUGUUUCUCUCAGAGCUCAUGUCUUCAUUUACCAAUGCAAUUUCUGUAUUUAUUAUAUAGGUCAUCAAUAAAAUUGAAAUUGAAAAUGCCCUUUUUGACGAAGAAUUGUCCAAUAAAAGGCUUUUCCCAAACUUAAGCUUCAAAAAGCUAAUACAAAGAGAAAGGCUUGAUUUGGUGGCAAGAGCCGAAACUAUUAAUGUGUUUUUAUCGUUUAAAGAAUGCAAUAUGUUUGAAAAAAUAGAGUUAGCAUCUUUAUUGGUCAAGCGGCAAUAUGAAAUGCUCAUUGUUUGGAAUAUUCCAUUAAAGGCCAAAUCUUACCUUCCAUCAUUGUAAUUUUUAUUUAGCACUAAGCCGAUUCAUAUGUCAAGACUUCUUCACACAGCCUGACUUAUAAGCGAAAAUGUUGCCAAAAACUACUAUAAAUCAUUACGUGGAAAAAUUUCAACCAAAAAAAUGGGUAAUUUGACUCAAGAUUUGGCACUUUUAGAUGUAAAAAGCGCUGAAACUGAAGAUGAGUGCCUAUAUUUAUUUGCUGAAUGCAAAGAAUUACCCCUAUUAAUACCUCAUUUGAGUAGCGCCUCACCUUGCGCUCGUGCUUAUGCAGUUAAACAUUUCUUAAGGAGUUCUGAAAGAGCCCAACUGUAUUUUAUGCAGCAAAUUAUUGAGGCAGGAAAUCCUAGAUCUUAUUGGGAAACUUAUUCAAGGGUUGAUGGACAUGAAGAUACAUGGACACUUCUACUUCAAGCAGUUGCCAAGUCUACUGUAGUUAUGAACCAAUUAGAAUGGCUUCUAAGAGUUUCUAUAUUUAAACCUGUUGAAAGCUCCAAAAAGAAAAAAGUUGAAGAAGAUUUUUUCCCUGAGAGAACUACAGCAAUGGCGUUUCAUUCAAUAAUCAUGAAAGACCUGGAGCUUGAUACAGAAAAGUGGACUGUCUUUAGAGAAGAACAAGAUUUUUUUAUGAGAUUUUCUAUGAUUUCUGCGUCAUUGACUCCUGGGGAUUCCCAAAAUAUUUCUAAAAUCAGAGAAGGGCUGACAGAAUUGGCAGGAGAUGGCUAUGAUGUGCCUCCAGGAAUUUACCUGCCCACAGACCCAAGUCGGAAAGUAGUAGGGAUUAGAGUCGACAAUGGAAUUCCUUUGCAAAGUGCUAAUUCCUCCCUCCAUGGGCUAGCAAUAAUAUUUUUGUUCGCUUAUGAAGGGGGGUUAAUUUUAUUUUUUUAAAAAAAAUUCGCAGAAAUUGGAAAGUAAAAAUAAUUUAAUUCAUGAAUUUUAUAUUUUUUAUGUUUAGAAUGCAAGCUGAUUAAAAUUUGAAUGAUUUAGCUAGAGAUUUUAUUAUAAUUAUCACUUAUAAAUUAAAAAUUUAAGCUUGAAACUAUUUUUGCUCACUCACGGAAUUUGUUUCCAACGGUUUUGCUCGCUCUAGAAGUGAGGGGGAGUAAGCGAACACCAAUUUUAGUCACUUUUAUUACAGCUGAUGAUGCGAAUUCAAAAUUCGAAAGACAACAAUCUUCAGCAUCCCAAUUGAGCAACUAUACCAAAAAGCAGUCAACAAAGAAUAUUCAGUGUAUAUUUAAGGUGAAUGAUGAUGUUAGAAACGAUCAACUUUGUCUGCAGGUUAUUGAUUUAAUGAGAGAAAUAUUUAGGAUCGAAAAUUUACCUAUUUAUUUGAGGCCUUAUAAAGUAAUUAGCACAAUAACUAAAUUCCAAGACCAAGACCAGCUAGGAGGAAUUUUAGAAUGUAUCCCUAAUUGUAAAUCUAGGGAUGAAAUAGGUAAAGAAGGCACCCAAUCGCUUUAUGCUUUCUACUUACACUUCCCUUCUGUGAGCGAACAAAAACAUUAAAGAAAUCCUAUUUUUGGGUAAAAAAAACUCUCUGUAAACGAAUAAAAAUAUUUUAAUAUAAAAAAUAUUUUAGAAAAAAAUGCUGAUAUAUAAGUGAUAAUGAGUAUAAUUAAAUCUCUAUCUAAUUCUGUUUAAUUUUAAACAGCUUGAACUCUACUUGCGAUUUGGGAAUAGGAUUUUUAUAAAUAAAAAAAUAACAAUUACUAUAUAAUUGAUAUAGAAAAUUCCCUUAAUAGUCCCAAUUCUGUUAGACCAAAUUGCAUUUUGUAGGUAAUUCACAUUGCUUAUGGGACUAUUCAUAGCAAAAUUAGCCUCCUCCUGAGUGAACAAAAUUCUUUUGUUCGCUCACGAGGGAGGAGUUAGAAAAAUUCGGAAAUGAGUCAUCCGAAACCUUCAAUGCAGCCAGAAAAAGUUUCAUAGAAAGUAUGGCGGGAUACGCAAUAGCUUGCUAUAUUCUUCAAAUAAAAGACAGACACAAUGGAAAUAUCUUAUUUGAUGAAUACGGUCAUAUACUUCAUAUAGAUUUCGGGUUUAUCCUCAGUAUAAGCCCCGGUGGUAACAUGAGAUUUGAGCGGCCUGGCUUUAAGUUGACCAAAGAAAUGAUUGAUAUCAUGGGCAACGAAAAUUCUGAAGCUUUCGAUUAUUUCAGAGAACUUGUAAUCAAAGGCUACUUAGCAGUCAGAUCGCAUGCUAAUAGCUUUAUCGCGCUAAUAAAAGCAAUGGAGUAUUCAGGGCUCACUUGUUAUAGGAAAAACGCUGUGGCUGGGUUCAUUAAGAGGUUUUAUUUGGGUGUUAACUACGCCACAGUAGUCAAUAAAAUGCAGCAAAAAAUUGCCAGAGCCAACAACUCGUUCUUCACAAUUUGGUAUGACAGAAUCCAAUUGAUGCAGCAACAGAUAGAAUAUUAA